GAGAUCUCGACGCAACCACAAGUGCCAGUGUCAAAACUUGUCCAUUUGUCUCUGGCCCUGGCAGGUAGUUAUGUUCGUGUCUGACUGAACGAUCCGCAGCCUGUCGUCCACGAGCAUGGAAUCCAGUACGACAAUUAUCAGUUGGCAGCAUGCCUUCGAAAACCAUCGCAUCCCACAAACCCGCGUGAUUGAGAAGCAAUUGCGUGCAAGCGCCGCACAAAACAAAGAUAAGCUUCGAGCUCUCGUUGGUGGCAGCUAUCGCGAGCUUUUGGCAACUGCCGAAGCCAUUGUCGUCUUGGAUGCACAGACUAGGACUGCGGAGGACAACCUUUUGUCAAUCAGUCACAAUUGCAGACCACCUCAACAAGAUGCCUCUCCCCGGCCUCCGCCAGCUGACAAAGUGGCGCUUGCUCAGUUUCGUCUCCUGCAACGGUGCUGCACAACUGCGGCCUCAUCCCUUCGCGACCAGCAUAUAUUGCGAUGUGCUCAACUUUUGGUCGUGUCGAGGUUGUUGUUGAAGUCGUUGGGCGACCAGGACACGCUGACAAAGAGCCUCGAUUCUCUGCGGAACAAGCUUGGUGCGCUUCGGCGGCAACUGCUUCUACGAACUGAGGCUCGGUUGACCAACCCUACAUCAACCUUGUCAGAUCUUCUUGAGUCGAUUUGUGCUUACUGCUUGGUCACCAGCAGUUCUUCUGAGGAUGCCCUGGAACAUCUGCGCCAGCUCAGGCUAGAGAAAAUCCGGCGUCAGCUAAGCGCCUCUCACCAACGACCUACCAUUUGUCAAGCCUUGAGGUACCAAAUAUUGUCCCUGCAGACCUUCAAGUCUUUGAUAGGACGCCCCAUGGUGGAUUCUAUUAAUAACUUGCAAAAGAGACCGAUUUUGGAGGAUCCGUCCAUCAGAGACCUCGAGUGUCUGGGUCUUGAUCAGACUUUCUCGUUGAUUCCGGAUGAGAUACGGUCCUUCGUUCCAUACUUCAAGAGAAGUGCCCCCACAUUCGAAGAGACACAAGCGAAACUAGAGACGUGGUCUCGAGAAAGUUUACGAAUAUUUUCUGAUGCAUUGCACCAUUGUCUUCCCACACUGGACCAAAUAGACGAGGUAUUGGGGUUGCGGCAAGAGCUUUACACCAUUCUCCUCCCUUCCUACUUUUCAACGCCAGCAGGGUCGGACAUUAAAGAGCAAAUUGCCCAAGCUCUGAACAAGAGAGUGAACGACAUUUGUCACAAUCGGAGUGCUUACCUGGUUCGCAUCACGAUGCCGCUCCUUGACAAACUUGCCGCUAGCAAGACCACAAAAUCCUUAUGGGAUUCAGAGCUUGCACUGUUAAAUCUAGACGCCGGAGGAACCAAGCUCAUUACCCGCGUCAAAAAUCGACAUGAAGGCAAUAGCGUGGCAUUGUCCAAAGCUUCAAAGUCAUUGAACAUAUGGAUCACGACUACGAACAGCGCAUUCGAUCAGCUUAACGAAAUCACGAAAUUAAGAUGGAGAGAUAUUGUGGAAGAGCCCGAGGAGGAGAAUGAAGACGAAGCUUCUGAUUUGAUCAAGGAACUGUGCGAAACGGAUUCGAGGUUGUACCGCGACAAUUUGCAAGAAGCAUUGCAGAAGGCGUUGCUAGAAUACGAGACAAGCAUCACAGAGAGAGCAACUCAAGUGGUUGAAGAGCCAGAGACUGUCUCCCAUGUCGUCGCAUUAUUGCGCUCCAUCAGAAUGUCAACGUCGGCAUUGCAGCAUUCCUUUCCUGAACAAGCAAGAUUUGCGAAGCUCCCUGAAAUUGUCCGCAAGUUGCAUCAGCUCGUGGCAACAGAGGUCAGUCUGCAACUGUCCGCGUCAAGAGAGGGCCAGAAGAAGUCAAUGAAAUGGAGCAAGGACAUGUUACCUGACAACAUGCCCUCACCCUGUGCAUUUUCGACUUUACGACAACUUUGCAAGAUCAUGCUGGAGGUUGGUGGCACCGAUUUAUGGUCUCUUCCCGUGGUUGGACUGGUCAAGGAAGCUGUCGGAUCGCACAUCUUCAGAUCCGAAGUCAAGGCCUGGUACAUGGAGAACGAGUUUGACGAAGCAUAUCUCUCUAUUGCACUAGGGCGAGACACAUCAGCCGCGCCCAGGGAGAAAACGAACAUAAAAUCUGCGUCUGAGUACUGGGCGAGGACAAAGUUGUUGUUCGGUGUGCUUGGGUUCCCGGAUGGAAUGGGAGAAUGACAUUUAUAGGUGUCGAUGAAUGUGAUGUUUGUACGGGCUACAUUGCUCCCAUAACCUCUCUAUCCCAGUUUACAUGAAGGGCUGUAGCUGCAUUUACGACUACUUCUUCCGGCUGUCUAUGAUGGUAAAGUGG